UAUAUUCUAUAUAUUAUCGACAAUGUAAUAUAAUUUCCACUGUCUUUCAAUAAUCUCUCUUUCAUGGCUCCUCUUCCUUUCAUACCGAGCCAAACCCAAUCGCAGACGCGUUUAUCUUCUUCAGACCCAAAGAAGAAGAAGAGUAGAAAGAAGCAAACGCCUCUCCCUCAGACACAAACGCAAAAGCUGAAGCAGAAGACAGUUCAAUCAUCAUCGUCGUCAUGGAGCCAGAUAAAGAACCUUUUGAGUUGCAAACAAAUAGAAGGGCCAGGAGUGCACGAACCAUCAAAGAUUACGUCAUCAUAUUGUGGCUCCUCUCUAUGUAAGUUUAGUGAUAUUAUUUACGGUAAUGCUCGCGUGAUUCACCGCUCCGACCACUCGCCCGAGAGUAGCAAUCUUGGUCAGGAUGCAGGAUUGUUGACCAGAAAACCUGUCACUCGUGGAUCUUCUUCAACGGUUAGAUCCAACGGUUGUAGAGCUUACACGUCAUAUUCAUCUUCCAAAGCCAUGCAUUUCAGAAAACUCUCUGGUUGCUAUGAGUGCCACAUGAUUGUUGAUCCAAGCAGGUAUCCAGUAUCACCAAGAAUAUGUGCAUGUCCACAAUGUGGGGAGAUUUUCCCUAAGCUUGAAAAUCUCGAGCAUCAUCAAGCAGUUCGUCAUGCCGUAUCGGAGUUGGGGCCAGAGGAUUCAGGACGAAACAUAGUGGACAUCAUCUUCAAAUCUAGCUGGUUACGUAAGGACAGUCCCAUCUACAAGAUCGAACGGAUAUUAAAAGUUCACAACACUCAGCGCACGAUCCAACGGUUUGAGGAUUGUCGCGACGCAGUCAAAUCCCAUGCACAUGCCUCCACCAGAAAAGAGCCUCGUUCAGCCGCUGACGGCAACGAGCUCCUCCGUUUCCACUGCACCACCGUUUCUUGCUCCCUCGGCUCCCGCGGUUCGACAUCUCUUUGCUCCAACUUUCCUGGCUGCCGUGUGUGCACCAUUAUCCGCCACGGCUUCCACGCUAAAACGCUGCGUUUAGGCGGUGGGGCCAAUGAGAUAAAGGGAGUGAGGACCACUGCGAGCAGCGGAAGAGCGCACGAUGCAUCUAGGUGCUUUGACCAGAGGAGAGCAAUGCUUGUUUGUCGUGUGAUUGCCGGAAGAGUGAGGCGCGUGCAGAGUGACUCACCGGAAGAUGAAAAUGGUUCUGGCUCGUAUGAUUCUGUUGCGGGGCCUGCUGGGGUCUACACAAACCUCGACGACUUGGUUGUUUUUAACCCCAAAGCUAUACUUCCUUGCUUUGUAGUAAUCUACAAAGUUUCCGAGCCUUGAAAAAAUUUGCGCUUUGUAACGAUUGGAUUUGUAUUUAGUAAAAAAAAAAAAAAAAGACGAUUGGAUUUGCAAGUUUUAGUGCAAUGUGUGAAGCAACGAACUGUAAUAUUUAGGGGAAAAUUAGCAUAUUAAUUGUGGUGGUGUGGCCUUAAGAGCAAAAGACUAGUGUCUUCUUUUCUUUUCGUUUCAUUUUAUAUUUU